AUGCAGUUCAUGUUGACUGUCAUUUUAAGCAUAGAAUCAAUAAGAGAAAAGUUAAGAAAUGUAUUUGUGGCUCUAGUGAACAUUGUGGACUGGAUCAAGAGAAGAAAGAUCUCUACAGUGGUUCAAAUCCUCACUGUUCUGGCCAUCUCUAGAAUUUCUCUGCUCUGGACCACCACGAGAGUGAAGGCUACAAUCAACACUAUGUUCACACUCAUCUCCUUCAUCAUGACCCUGAUUGCUUUCCUUUUGCUCAUCUUCCUCCUGUGGAGACAUCUGAAGAACAGACAGCUCAUUGUCAAAGGCUCCAGAGACACCAGCACCACAGCCCACAUAAAGGCCCUGAAAAUGGUGGUCACCUUCCUGUCACUGUAUGCCACUUUCUUUUGGUUGCUUUUCCUACUGUUUUGUAACACUUUUGAAGAAUGCUAUUAUGUCAUGCUUCAUUUUCCAGUUUUCCUAGGCAUUGCAUCAUCACUCAUCUGCCUUGAUGCCUACAGUGAUAGUAAUGAAGAAGAUAUUGGAGCCAAAUGA